AUGCAGUCACUCCAAAAUGAUUACUUGUUGGAGCUCGAGCAAAUGGCCCCAAACCCACGAGCACGCCACUGCCGUCACUUGGUCGACUCAAGACCGAGUUAUUUUGGACUCGAAUAUCAUGGCAAGAUCAGUAGAGAACGGGCUUCAAUCCUCUGUAGAUCUGAUGGAGAAUUCCUCAUUCGGGAAUGUUCUUCUGACGCCUCCCAGCACAUCCUCGUUCUUCGCUGCAAUGGAGAAAUAAAAAACUACAGACUCUUCUUUGACGAGAUCGACCAUCUGUACUCUGUUGGCGAAAAGUCGUUCGAGAAUGUGAUCGACCUUGUUCGCGAUGGCCUUAUUCAUCUUUUCAUCGAGAAUCGCGCAAAAAGCUACAUUGACAACAUGGAGAAGACAUCCGUAUACGUUGACAUCAAACGCGCAAUCGAAUCAGAAGAAGAGAUUGACGCUAGAAUGGUCCAAAGUUCCCCAUACGCUGCGAUGCCCGUUGAUUCCUACAUUUCCGAGUCCUCGUCAUCCGGCCUCUACUCGCAGUCUGACGAGUCUUGUUCCGAGCCGGUUUAUGAAGCUAUUUCGGAUUCGGAUUUUUCAGCUGACUUUUCCCGCAAAAUUUCUCUCGGAACCAUUGGGACACAGAAGUCUUCUCUUUCUAACAUGUCCACUGGUUCUACUGGUAGGCAAUCAACUACCUCCUCCGAAUCAGAGAGUCUCCAGUCACCCACCUCUGCGAAGAAGCGCUCUGUAUUUUCAUCAAUCAGACGAAGCUUAAACUUUUCGAAGAAAAAGUCCCGCCCCGCACCAGUCACUCGUUCAAAAUCAACACCAGCCACAGCAAUAAGAUCUUGCCUCAAAGGUCCCCAUUACGAGAAAGAACACAAUUUCAAAGUUGCUAAUCUCAAAACCAACAGAUACUGCCACUACUGCGGAAAUUACAUGUGGGGUCUUGUUCACCAAGGCGUCCAAUGCUCAGACUGUGGCACAACUGCUCAUAAGAAUUGCUCACGACACAUUCCGAAUGAUUGCUGUCCGGAUCCGAAAUUAGUCCAGAAGGUUUUCGGCGUAGAUCUUGUCUCCAUUGUCAAUUUACAUGGUACUGUGAGGCCGUUGGUUGUUGGGCUCGUAGUUUCGGAGCUAGAACGGCGCGGCGCUUAUCGAACGGAGGGACUCUAUCGCGAGAACGGAGAUGGCAGCGUGAUUGACAAGUUGAAAGCACAGAUCGACCACAGUGUGGCAGAAGUGCAGCUUGACCAAGUUGACAGUUACUCCCUUGCCUCGCUCCUCAAGCUCUAUCUCCGCGAACUUCCAAAAGCACUGAUUGAUGACUCGAUUGUCGCUCGACUUUACAAUGCUGUCGAUUUAUCAACUGAAAAUUUCGCAAUCGCAGUAAAUAUGAUGAAGACUGCAUUCGACUCAUUGCAUCCCGCACACUUGUCCACUCUCCGAUUUCUCAUCAGCCAUCUUUCACGAGUCGAGAGCUGUAGCAACGUCAACAAAAUGACCGCCGGAAAUCUCGGCGUCUGUUUCGGACCAGUCAUAUGCCGCGGGAAGCAGCAAAUGAACGCAACACAACUCUCUGAAGCCGUUCAAGAGGCUCAAGCACAGAAACGGCUCGUGUCUUUUCUGAUUGAGCAUCAGCACUUGGUGUUUACCCGAAGUUGA